AGAUAGUUCUCUAGCUUGUGCUCCUCGGGUCACUUCCGUGGCGAAGCCUUAAUCCUUAGGCGCAUGUCUUAGCAUAUAUAGCAUGGAGAUUCGCAAAUUACAUAUUGCAAAGACUCAACUAAAAAUUGUACCCCGUAUGAAUAUGGAGCAGUUUUAACUCCAUCAUUGUAGUAUUAUAUAAAUUCCUAAAAUAGAACAGGAAAGGAAAAUGAAAAUGAAUCCAAUGAUGGGUCCAAUCUAAAUCGUACUUAGCUUGCUUGCAACUCAAUGAAGGAUAACCAGAAAAAAUAAAUUAUACUUAAACUUGUGAUUCUCGCCUCACAUUUUUUUCCCCCCAAGACAAACAUUAUUUUAGUAGAAACACCUUUUCAUUUCUUAGAAAAUUAUGGAAAUUCUGAUUCCUAAGGUCUUGCUUCUUCUUCUUCUCCUUCUUCCUGUUAUCAUCUUCCUAAUUCUUCAGCACCCGAAAAAAUCCUCCAAAAAGGGUAUUCCAGGUCCUCCUGGACUCCCACUAAUCGGAAACUUGCACCAGUUUGAUAAUUCCGCACCUCACAAAUACCUUUAUCAACUCUCCAAAAAGUAUGGCCCACUUCUUUCCCUCCAGCUCGGAUCGCUGCCGGUGGUGGUGGUUUCCUCCGCGAGGAUGGCGGAGGAGGUGAUGAAGACCCAUGAUUUGAUAUUCUGCAGCCGGCCGCCGAUGGUCGGACAGCGGAAACUAUCGUACAGCGGGAAGGAUAUUGCGCUGGCUCCGUACAACGAGGAAUGGAGAGAGAUGCGGAAGAUUUGCGUCGUGCAUUUGUUGAGCAUCAAAAGGGUUCAAUUGUUUCGUCACAUCCGGGAAGAUUAAGUGUCCCGGAUGAUCGGAAAGAUAUCCCGGGAAGCUGCUGAACUCAAACUCAUUAACAUAAGUGAAACGGUAUGGUUCUGGUAAUCUAAACAUUAUGGUUUGGCUAUACAUGUAAGAUUAGUAGUUAAAAAAAAAUGUUUGUCUCUGUGUAUUUGAAUACUUUCUUUGUCUCGAAAUAAUUGUUUGAUUUAGAUUUUUCGUUCUAGCACAAAUUAAUUAAAGAUAAAAAAUUGAAGCGAGACAAUCAUUUUGGAUUAAGGAAAAUAUAUGAUUUGUAAGAUAUAUGGCGUUAGCUUAGAUUAAUUAGUCGAUUAACGGUAAUUAGUUUUUGGGUGUAUGGAAUACUAAUUGUGUAUUCCAAUAAGGUGAUAUCGAUAGAACAUGGAAUCUCUCUAUUGAAGCUACUCGUCCUUUCUUAAUUAAUUAAUGGUUGAGUUACAGGAAUAAAAAUGAAAGUAAGAAAAAGAACAAUCGUUUGGGAAGAGAAAAAAAGUAGUAAGUUAGGUUAGACCUACCUAAGAAUGGAAAAGUCAAUUUUUGGGGGGUUUGUGAUGUGGAGUUUGUCUUGUAUGACAAUGCAUUAUUCGGAACAAAUCGUUAAGUCAUGUUACCCUAAAGAAAAUUGUGAAGGGAAUGAGUAAUAUUGGGAGAGUUUUCACUCUGAAAGAAGACCGACCCAGCUCCGUACGGAUUAGUCUGAGUGCAAUGCAUUUAGAACACCGUGCGCAAUAUGAAAAAAAAAAUUUGUUAAAUCCUUGUUUUUUUCUUAAAGUGAUGUUACAAAAAAUCAAAAUUUAUUUUUUACUAUCCAAAGAGUGUGCUUGAUAAUUAUUUAAAUGUUAAGUUCCCUUUUAUGUCACUUUGUACGUGCUUUACAUUACAGGCUAUGAGGCUUACUAGCAAUAUAGUCUGUAGAGUUGCUUUUGGGAAAAGUUUCGACGAAGAAGACUAUGAAAGGAGGAGAUUAAGCGACAUCCUCCAUAGAGCUCAAGCCGCAUUUGUGGGGUUUUAUUUUUCAGAUUUUUUCCCCAAAAUUGGUUGGCUAGACCAUUUCACUGGCACAUUUUCCCGACUUGAAGACGUCUUUAAAGAACUUGAUACAUUUUAUCAAGACUUAAUCGACGAACACAUGGACCUUACAAAUAGGCCAAAGUCAAUGGAUGGUGACAUUAUCGACCUCAUGCUUCAAUUACGCCAUGGAAAUUCAUCAUCAACCUCAUUCGAACUCACACUGGAUCACAUCAAAGCCAUGUUAAUGAACGUAUUUUUUGCAGGAACAGAUACUGCAGCAGCCGCAAUUAUUUGGGCAAUGACGGUGCUAAUAAAGAACCCUACAAUAAUGCAAAAGGUGCUGGAUGAAAUCGGUAAUACAAUGCAAGAAAAAACAAUAACUAAUGAAGAUGAUAUUGAAAAACUUCCUUACCUCAAGGCAGUUGUUAAGGAAACUUUAAGGUUGUUCCCACCAGCUCCACUUCUAGUUCCAAGGUACAGCAUGGAAGAUUGUGUCAUAGAUGGUUACCGAAUUAGUUCAAACACAACGAUUUAUGUGAAUGCAUGGGCUAUUGCAAGAGAUCCAAUCUAUUGGGAAAAUCCAGAUGAAUUUUUACCUGAGAGGUUUUUGAAUGAAAAAUAUAGUGAUACAGAUAUGAAGGGACAAGAGUUCAACUUCAUUCCAUUUGGAGGUGGUCGAAGAGGUUGCCCUGGAUCUACUAUGGGGUUAAUAACGGUGGAGUUGGCGGUGGCUAAUCUUUUGCAUUCCUUUAAAUGGGAAUUGCCAUCAGGGAUGAAGAAAGAAGACAUUGAUACUGAAGUUUUGCCUGGCCUUUCAAUGCUGAAGAAAAAGGAUCUCCAACUUGUGGCAAACAAAUACCCGCAAAUUCAGAAAUCCUUAUAAAGUUAAUGUAUAUGCUAGGAAUUUUUUUUUCCCGUUACCAAUGAUACUUCAAUAAAAUGAAUUAUGGAAUACUUAUGAAAAGAUAAAUUAGAAUUCGUCGUUUUUUCUUCAAAUCUAAC